CAGGAUGACACUGUAUUUUGAUACCAAAAUCGAGUUCCUGGAUUCGGAUGCAGUUAGCACUAUUAGUAGCUGGCAUCCCAGUGAGCCACUGUUUGCGGUGGCCUCUUUCAGUUCGGAACGUGGUGGUUCUGUAACCAUAUUUGCAGAUACUGGUGAACCCCAACGGGAUGUAACCUACCCAGUGCACGCCACCUCCCAGGCUACAGCCUUGUGCUGGCAUCCCGAGAAGGCACUGCUGGCCAGCGGGUGGGAGCAUGGCGACAUCCAUGUGUGGUUUGCCGGUCAUCGGGAGUUCGCCAGCGUAAAUGCGCCCCACAAGGCGGCCAUUGUCCUGUUGCAGUUCAGUGAACAGGGCGGACGGAUGGUAACAGCAGAUGCCAUGGGCCUGGUUACCGGUUGGCGCUGCGAUGGCCAGUAUCAGUUCCUGACCAUGUUCUCUCACGAUCUGCGGGAGGUGCUGCUCCUGAUCUGCUUUCGGCGAACGGUGGAGAGCGAAGUACGCGAGGAGAUGGCCAAUCUGGCAAAGGCGGCAGUGGCCGGAGACGAGAAUGCCUUGGAUACUCUUACAAACUGGAGGCCCCGCACAGCAGCCCGCAGCAUGUUCCCUUCCGGGUUGAGGGACAAUCACUGUUUCUUUGCCUGCACCCAAGGCGGUGUGGUAUAUUAUAUCAACCAAGGAGGCGCCUGUGUCGAGGUUAUGAAGUGCGGAUCCCAGCCGCCCAUUGUUCAGAUGCUCUGGCAUCCAAAAAAGGAUGCCGUCAUCUGCCUGAUGGAGGAUCUGACCGUUACCCUGUUUCUGGUGGAAUCCACGGGAAUUCUAACGGAACUAGAUCGAGUCAAAAUGAGCGGACGAGGAGGUGGUCGGCAAGGUGGCAUUGCCUGGUCGGGAAACAGUCUGGCCAUCAUCACGGGUGAUCUGUUUGUUCGCAUUUGGGACAUCGAACGGAGCGACAACUAUCUCCUUAAAAUGGACUUGCCCAGCGGUACCCAGAUGGGAUCUUCGCAGACCAGUCUGAGCAACGGAACCAUCUCCUCCUCGAAUCAGUUCUUUAGCCAGGACAGCACCGAAAGCAGCAGUGUGACUCGAAAAACUCCAAAGUACGGAAACAUGAGCGGAGAGAUUUUCACCUGCCUGGCCUACAGCUCCUCGAAUCAGACGUUGUGUGCGGGCACAUCCCAAGGAAACCUAUACACUUGGAAGAGGAGCGGCAGCCGGAUGGUAAAUGCUCCCGAGGACGCUUGGCAGCUGACCAAUGUGUCCACUGUGAGAGGAGCUAUCCGGAGCUGCGAGUGGGGUUUCAAUGAGCUGGCCAAGCCAUGCAUGCUGGUGAACUGUCUAUCGAAUGUUUUCAUGCUGAAGGAGCAACCACUGCUGGCUUUCCACACCCGGGAGCUGUGGGCAGUGCAGCGUGCUGCCAAAUCCGUGCAACUCACGCACUGCAGUGGCAGGGAGACCACCGUGCAGUCGGAGUUCGCUGUCACGGCCUUGGCUCUAAACGAACUGAGCCUGGUGAUGAGCAAUGGUCGCAGAAUAUCGUCCUAUAGUCUGCAGAAAGUCGAGAAAAGUCUGGACGAGUUCGAUGAGAUUCUGGAGGCAGUGGAGGGUCCACCGACCACAACCCCAACCACGGCUACUCCCUUGAGCGUGAAACUCCUGCAAACCUUUCCCGCGGAAUGUUUGUCCUUGAGCUUGUACAACCAGAACAUCUUCUGUUUGGCCAAUAGCGACAUUAUGGUGUACUCCGUGGGAGGAGUGGUACUGCAUCGCAUCCAGGCCAGCGACAUCGAGGGAAAAAUCAUCGGAAUGGAUUUGAGUGGCUGCUACCUCUCGGUCUUCACCAUGAAUGGCUAUGUGAAGGCCUAUGAUGUUUCGCGACAUGACCCGAAACUACUGUUUCCCAGCAAGUCGGGCCACGACAUCUUCGACGACUUCGGGGAGUUCAUUUCCGUGAAGUGCAAUAGCCAGGGCAGUCACCUGGGAAUGGUGAUAGCCAGCAGUAACUUCACGCCCAUAUCGGUGUUGUAUUGCUGGGAUUUCGAACGCAACAAUCUUCUUGACUACGAUCUGCCGGACGAGGCGGCCAUUGGUCCCAAGAAGGAUAGUUCCUCCUCCAGCCUCCCGGUGCGUAUUUUCUGGGACUCCGAGGAGCCCCGGCUGCUGGCCAUGGAGGUGAGAUCCAUAAUACAGAAGAAUCUGCCGCAGAAGAAUCCGCAACAGCAGCCCAGUCACUACGUCCAAUCCAAGAUACUUUUGCUCUUUUACUCGGAGAGGGGAAGCCUGAAUGUCCUGGAAACCCAAAAUAUGACCCCCGGAUCUCAGUUGCUCAACCUCUGCAUACCCAAUGUUAUUCGCCUGAAGAUCAAUGCGGUGGAGGAGCAACCUCUUCAGGAUUUCGUGGAUCUUCAGCAGUGCGAUGCUGUGACCAGAAAGCAGGUCCUGAACUUCAGUCUCUAUGUGGCCGAAGGAAACAUGGACCUGGCCUAUCGAAGUAUUCGCUCGAUUCAGUCAAAGGUGAUUUGGACUAAUUUGGCCAAGAUGUGUGUGCACACGAACCGACUGGACGUGGCCAAGGUGUGCAUGGGCCAUCUGGAACAGGCGCGAUCGGUUCGAGCCCUGCGCCAGGCCAUGGAAGACGAUGAUCUGGAAAUCGAGGCCAAGGUGGCUGUGUUGGCCAUCGAACUGGGCAUGAUUGAGGAGGCCAAGGAUCUGUACCGGCGCUGUAAGCGGUACGAUCUGCUCAACAAACUCCUGCAGGCCACUGGUCACUUGGAUGAGGCACUGCAGGUGGCGGAGUCCGAGGAUCGGAUUCAUCUGAAGCACACAUACUACCAAAAGGCACAGGAGCUGCGGGAACGAGGCGACAUCAAGGGGGCUCUGGAGUAUUUCGAAAAGACCCAGAACCCCUCCCAGAAUAUAACACAGCUGCUGUUGGAGAAUCCGGCGGCCAUGAAACGAUAUAUUCAGACUACGACCGAUCCCAAGCUGCUCAAGUGGUGGGGACAGUACAUCGAGAGUUCGGGGGAUAUGGAUGCUGCCCUCGCUGUCUACCACAAAGCAGAGGACUGGUUCUCGCAAGUGAAGAUUCUCUGCUACCUGGGAAAGAUCUCCAAGGCGGAUGCCAUCGCCAGGCAGUCGGGCGACAGAGCCGCCUGCUAUCACCUGGCACGUCACUACGAGAAUGUGGGAAAAUUCCAGGAGGCCAUCAUGUUCUUUACGCGUGCCCAGACCUUCAGCAACGCCAUUCGAAUCUGCAAGGAGAACGACUUUCAGGAGGAGCUCUGGACGGUAGCCAGCUCCUCGCGGCAGAGGGACAAGGCCAUUGCUGCCGCCUAUUUCGAGGAGUGCGGUAACUUCAAACACGCCGUGGAGCUUUACCACCGUGCCGGGAUGCUGCACAAGGCCCUGGAGAUGGCCUUUGAGUCCCAGCAGCCGGAGAUCCUCGAAAUCAUUGCCUCCGAGCUAGUCCCAGAGUCAGAUGCGGAGCUAAUAAACCGCUGCGCCGACUUCUUCUGCAGCAUCGAACAGUUUCAGAAGGCGGUGCAGCUACUGGCCAAAACCCGGCAUCUGGAAAGAGCUAUGAACAUCUGCUUGGAGAAAGGCGUACCCGUGACUGAAGAGCUCUCCGAGAUGCUCACCCCGGAAAAGGGAGAGUUCGAGGAGGCGACGCGUGUCAACAUCCUCACCCAGCUGGGGGAGCUGCUGCAACAACAGGGCGACUACCACAGCGCCACCAAGAAGUUUACCCAGGCGGGCGACAAAAUGCGAGCCAUGAAGAGUCUCCUGAAGUCGGGCAACACGGACAAGAUCAUCUUCUUUGCCAACAUGUCCCGUCAGAGGGAGGUCUACAUCAUGGCUGCCAAUUAUCUGCAGGCCUUGGACUGGCAGUCGGAUGCCACGAUCCUGAAGCACAUCGUCAGCUUCUAUACGAAAGGCCAGGCCUUCGAUUCGCUGGCCAACUUUUAUGCCAUUUGCGCCCAGAUCGAGAUCGAGGAGUUUCAGGACUAUGGCAAGGCUCUGACCGCCAUGCAGGAGGCCUCCAAGUGCCUGGAGAAGCUUAGCCACGCCCAGCACGCCUACAACAAUCUGCAGCGAACGGUGACGGAUGUGAAGAGCAUCCUGGAGAUCCAGCAGGCACUCAGAGACGGCGACCACCAGCACGCCAUCGGGGCCUGUCGCAGCGUGUUGGUUAAGCCUGAGCUGCCGCCCAUUCGACACGCCCACAUCCUGGCCAUGCUGGUGCGGGCCUUGGUAUACGCCAAGCAGUAUCCUGAAGCAGGCAGAGCUCUCAAGGAGCUGGCCGUCAAGGACAACUCGUGGAGUGCCUCGGGGCUCUUGGAGCGUGCUGUGGUCCAGAAAAUCGCCAAGGAGUGUGACCUGGACUUUGAACUGAUCUGGAACUCGGGUCGCCAGGCGACUGCCUCCACAAGUGGCACCACAGCCACUAGAAUGUCCAGCACCUCGGGCAUGACGACAAGCUACGACGAUGACGAGGCGGAUGAUGAGGAGAUCACCGAGGAGCUGCAUUAGGUGACUCAAGAACGCGAGAACACCCGAACUAGUC